AUGCAGAACAAGCAUAAAACACAGACCAUGAAUUCCCCUGAGGUCAUCAGAAGCCCAGACAGGACCUACUCUCUGGAACACACCUUGCAGGCAGAGGUCACUCUGGAUGGCAAGAAGUUUGCCUGCUGGGUGGUCCAGGAUGAGCAGCCCCCAGUCCAGACCGACAUCACCCUGAGGGCUCAGGCACCCAGGCUGCUAAGUUUGAAGACGCCAGGACCUGCGCCCUUUAAAGAUCCCCCGCCAGCUGAGGAGCUGCCCGCCUCGGGGAUCUGCACAAAGGGUGGCGGUGACAGCGGCGGAGGGUCGGAGGCCCAGAGCCCAGAUGCCGAGCCCCUGUCCCCGCAGGAAGAGGCUGCCCUCCGGGAGCAGGAGGAGAUGCUGGAAAGCAGCCGCCGCGCGCGCUCCUUCUUCCUGCCCGCCGACCUGAUCCUGCAGGCGGCCAGGUUCCUGCAGCAGCUGGCAGCCGCCUGCCCCGGGCCGGGCGCGGAGGGCGGCGAGAGGGCGGAGAGCGCCGCACAGCCAGGCUGCUGCUGCGCCAAGUGUGAGAAGCGGGUGCAGUUCGCGGACGCGCUGGGACUGAGCCUGGACAGCAUGAAGCACUUCAGCGAGGCCGAGGAGCCGCAGGUACAGCCCGCCGUGCUCUCCCGCCUCCGAAGUUUCCCGGCGCCCACCGAGGACCUGGAGUACCUCCCGGGCCUGCCGGCCGUGGCGGCGGGGACCGCACCCCGCCACCCCGCCACCCCCAGCACACGCCGCCUCCCCUGCUGCGGCCUCUUCGAGCUCCAAGCCGAGCGACUGCGGUAGCAGCGCAUGUUCAUGGAACGCGCGCACUGCUCGGCGCCCUGGGGCGCAGAGGUGACCGGCUCCGGCCGAGUGCUGGGCUGCCCGGGGCUGUGCGCCGUGGCCGUGCGCUACACCUACAUCGAGGGGCGCUCCUUCCUGGACUUGCCGGCCAAGCGGCCCGAACCAGGGGAGCCUCCGCCGCAGGACGCGCCCUCAGUGGAGCUCGGGGACGCGAAGGAGGUGCCGGGCGCCGAGCGCUUCCGCUUCGCACUGUGCCUGUCCCCGGGCCUGCAGCCCAAGUAGGGAGAAGACGCGGACGCGCCGGGAGUCACCGCCCACUUCGCUGUCUGCUACCGCUGCGCCCAGGGCGAGCACUGGGACAACAGCGGGGCCAACUACACGCUGCGCUACGUGAGCCUGACAGACGCGCUCUGA